GUCGCUCCCGGCUCCGCCCCUCUCCCCGGCCGACGGCCCGUCAUGUGACCCGCCGCCUCCUCCUGCCCUCCGUCGUCGUAGGAGUCCGGAGCAGAGCUGGGAAGUUUUCUCAGUUCAAAAGUUUGUACCUGUGAGCUUUCCUUGCUCCUAAACCCAGCAGAAACAUGGCAGAGCUUAGUUUUGUCAUCCCCAUGGCUGUUAUGACCCUGUUCUGGGGGAUAGUCGGCGGGGUGGUGCCCUGGUUCAUCCCCAAGGGACCAAACAGAGGGGUUAUAGUGACCAUGCUGGUGUUGACUGCAGUCUGCUGCUACCUCUUCUGGCUGAUAGCGAUUCUUGCCCAGCUCAACCCACUGUUUGGACCAGCUCUGACCAAUGACACCAUCUGGUACCUGAACUAUCACUGGCCUUAGUCGACUCUUGCAGGACUCCUGAAAUUACAGGGGAGGACCCAAAUCACUGCUGCACACCAAUGGAGCGCUCACUCUCCACUCCACAGAGAUCGGCCCUUCCUCAUAUGCCUUAAAUGUAGAUCCUCCUGCAUGAUUGUCGUCAGACGGCCACUGUGGUGCCUUGUACAAACUUGAUUUCCAAAUGACCUCUGAGAGAUCUGAAUGUGCUUUACUUGGUGUUUUUUGUUUUUCUUUAUAUGAUGUAUAUUUUGCAUUUAACGCAUUUGCUGUUAAUACAAGUGACCUUUGCCAUACAGGGCUGUUGUGUGGCGUGUUUGAUGUGACCUGUUUUUGUCUGUUUAUUAUUGUAAAGGCUGUACGGCAUUCAUGAAGUGUUAAUUAAUAAACAAAUCAACUCCAGACCGUUUUUAAUGUG